UCAAGAGUGUUUUUGUCCCCCUUGCGCAAAUAAGAUGGAGGCACUGCUGUAAAUUGGAAAGUAUUUCUCUUUGUUUACGUGUCGAUUUCGUCGUACGAUUAGAAAAAUCGCUUAAAACCUUUCCCAGUAUAUGGAAUUAAUUAAAAGAAGGUCUUCUUCAGUUUUGUUAAAAACUAUAUGAAAUGAAUAACGGAGAGAUUGGUGGAACCAGGGGCAGAGGCCGAGGCUGGCAACCUGAUAACCAGCCACGGGAGCUACGCCGGCCGAGGAUCGUUAACGAUGAAGCUAGAGUGGCAACUGAGGCGCCGAAAUCCAAUCUGUCAGCAGAGGCUAAAGAAUGGUACCCUCCGAAUUAUACACCCCAGGUGGCACCAGCUUAUGCAGCUGAUCCAGCUCCCUACCGGCCUCAACGGUUUUCUGUGCAAGAUAGACUCCGACAAGCUUCAGACCAGAAUCGUUAUAAUUUUGACCAAAUGUCAUACUCGCUUGAAGAAGCUGAAAAUAUGGAUAUACGUGAGAACAUUGCCAACCUAAUUACGGUGAUGUGCGAGAUAACUUUCGACCCUGGCAAGUUCGACACACUGUGCGGCCCCCUUGUAGAUUCUUUUGCUUCCACCCUACACGACACCAAUUACACUAGGGCUCUUGUCGAGGCUAUCGUCAAUCAGUCUAUAGGCGAAGCGAACUUCCGAUACAACGGCGCCCGGCUAUGUUCCAUGUACGACUCCGUGGCGACCCCUGAGGAGUCGACAUUCCGCGCGUGCCUGUUGGAGCGCUGCUCGACCGAGGAGAACAAGAUCAUUAGCGGUGUGGAGACGUCGGAGGAAAACAUGCGAGGAUUCGCCAUGUUUUUGGCUGAGAUCUACACUCAGCUUGAGGAUAAUCAGAGAGGCAGAAUUAAGACUUUAGGAGAAAGUCUGUGUAAGGUGUUACUCCACUUGUUAGACACUGACAAGGAAGUUAAUAUCAAAGCAGUCUGCCAGCUAUUAAAACUGUCGGGCAUCGCGCUCGACGCGGACUGCCCGGCGGGCAUGCACGCCGCGUUCGAGCGGCUGAAGCUGCGCGCGCAGCUGCCCGCCGUGCGCGCCGUGGUCGCGCUGCGCGCCGCGCGCUGGGGGCUCGCCGGACACGAGCCCGAGCCCGCCUCGGACCACGCCCAGCCCAGAUACGCAGUGAACGGAUCCCCAGAGGGCGGGUACCUGGCGGACGGGCACGCGCUGACGGCGGAGGAGGCCGCCUUCCUGCAGAGCAACCUGCCGCCCGCGCACGCCACGCCGGCGCUGGACGACGACAUACUCGAGGAACUGGAGAACGAGGCGUGGGACACCGGCAUGGACGCGGAGAUGCAGGCCGGCUUCCUAGAGUUCCUGAAGAUCUCCAACCAGAUCAAGCGAUAACCAGCGUCCCUCGCCGCCCCGCAGACCAAGCGGCCCUAGACUAGGAGAGAAAAUGUAUAAAAAAACAAUAAAAACUAUAAAACUACAAAAAGAUCCCGUUAUAUGUUUGUAGUUAAGUGAAUGGUAUAGUGCUUUUCUUGUUGGUUAGUGUAAUCUUAAACAUGCAGUUGGAUGUAUACGCAAAUAUUGCUUGAAAGGUAAUAUUUACAUGUCUUUGAUACGCAAAUAUUGCUUGAAAGGUAAUAUUUACAUGUCUUUGAUUUUUUUAAACAAGCCAUUUUGCUUGUCUGAUUGGCUGCCUACACAAUUGUACAAAAAAAUAUGUAAUACAAAUUACAAAACCUUUUCCAUGAUAUGUACUAUAACAUUCACUAUGACUGUAUAAAUAUAUUGUGAGCAGUAAGAAAUUACCAUUCUAGGAGGAUAUUCUCGAAUUAUGAUUGUUAGUAGCACUUCUUAGCAACCUUGGUUGCUAUUCUAUCGAAAACGAAUUAGGCUUUUCAGAUUUUCCUAACGCCCCAUUAAAAAUGUACCUUCAAAAAUGGAUUACCUUUCAAACUCUAUGUGCUACCUGACAUUAGCUCUAAAAUGAAAAUCCAUAAAUUACGUCAUAUGGUUAUUAUGACCAAAGCAAAAAAAAAACGAUUUUCAUGACAUUGUAUUUUACAAUACUUUUUUCUUGGUUUAUUUUCAUUUCAUUUUUAU